AUGGGGCACCACCUGGUUGGGGUGACACCACCCGCGCCCAUACACCAGGGUGAACAGCAAACACCGGAGGCAGCACAGAGCUAUACAGAUCCACCUAACAUUGAAGCUUACGUUCUGCCAAGACUAGAGAUGCGCUAUGAAACUUUUGAAGAAGCAAAGAACUUCUACAACGUUUAUGCGAAGCAAGCGGGUUUUGCUGUCAGGGAAGGCCCCAAGUUUAAGACCAGAGCCUACCUUUAUUGCACGUGCUAUGGAGUCUAUGAAUCGAAGGUGUCUAAAGCAAAUAGACAGCGGAACAAAAUGACAGCCAGGACUAACUGCAGGGCUAAAAUGAGGCUGAAGAAGGAAAAGGAUGGAACAUUUGUCGUAAAAGAGAUAGUCUGGGAACACAACCACAUGCUACAGCUCACUCCGGAAAUGCUUGUCUUCUUGCACUCCCACAAAAACUUUGACAAAACAAUCUUGGAGUACGUCAAGUACCUGCAGUUCAAAGGCAUUGAACACGUGAAAAUCAUGAUCAUACUGGGCGUUGAUGACCCUGGUAGUUACUUCCUUAAAGUGAAUGCCAAAGACCUGAUUAACCUGAAAGCAAAGAAUUCAAGGAUGGAUGAUGUGGACGAUGUCCUAAAGAUUGUCAACUUCUUUAGGGAGAUGAAAGCUAUAAACAGGGAAUUCUUCUGUGACAUGCAACUCGAUGAGUCCGACAGAGUUAAGAACAUAUUCUGGGCGAAUGCAAGCUGCCGAGGGGCCUAUCAGGACUUCGGUGAUUGCGUAACAUUUGACACCACAUAUAAGACCAACAAGUACCAUAUGCCACUUGGGGUGUUUGUCGGUACUAACAAGCACUUACAUACUACAUUCUUUGGUUUCGCCCUGAUAAGAGAUGAGGAUGCAGAUUCAUUCAGAUGGCCGUUCAAGACAUUUUUAAGGUGCAUGAGAGGGAAGGCUCCUACAUGCAUCCUCACAGACCAGUGCCCGGCAAUGGCUUUGGCGAUCCCAGAUGCUUUCGGGAACACAGUACACAAGCUGUGCCGCUGGCACAUUCUGAAGAAGUACAGGGAACACCUCGCAUACCUGUACUACCUACACGAAGACUUUAAGGAUGAAUUCACAUCAAUCCUCAACUGGCCCCUCAUGCCAACUGAGUUUGAGGAUGCCUGGAAAGGACUCGUGGAUAGGUACAACCUCCAUGAUGAUGCCACGAUGGUGGCCAUGUGGAACGAGCGUGAGAAAUGGAUAUCAGCCUACUUCAAAGAAAUUUUCUGCGCCAAAAUGACAUCCACACAGCGAAGUGAGAGCAUGAACUAUGUGCUCAAGAAGAACUUUGUAAGUGAGAGACAAAACCUACACCGGUUUGUCAGCCAGAAGGAACAAAACACGCUGACCUUCUAUGGGUUUGACACCCAAAUGGCAAAGGUUUACUCACGAGCUGUGUAUAGCGAGAUCAGAAAAAGGCUAAAACUGAGCACACUCUUCACGGCGACAGAGACGGAAGAGCCCACAAAGUACCUUGUGCGCUACAACAACCUGCAAAAACUGUCUGCGUGGUCUCAGCACGCGUUCCAGGUGGUUGCAGACCCCGUGGGAGAAACAUAUAAGUGCGAGUGCAGGCUAUGGGACCACACAGGUGAGGACUACAAAAAAAGGAUGUUACAUACUACAAUUAAGGCUGCCAGCGUUCCAGAGAAAUACAUCCUUAGGAGAUACACCAAACGCCCGAACAUCCAGCCAACAUUCAACAGAAAUGACUUGAGGACAGUAGCGUCAAACAAGGCAUCCCAAUACUGCAUUGAAAGCUCACUGCUGACGCUGAACAUGAGGGUGCACAGAAAAAGUUUGAGAAGCCAAGAGCAAAUGGCGAGGUCAUGA